CUUCGCAGACUCUGAUUACUUAACUGGUUGAGGUUGGUGAACAUUUCGCUCUCAUUCGUAUAAUGGACUAUGCAUGACGUGUAUGCUAAACUACUAUGUUUCCCCUCCCAUGAGAAAAGCGGCGAAGGCACGCCAGGCAAUUAACUUAUUUGAUUGUUUUAGUUUUUCCAGCAUCACAAAAUGCUAGCAGAGCCCAUGCCUCAUACUGCUACUACCAUCAGUCGUACUGACUCCAUCACCACUGCCACAGAUGAUGGCUCCUCCGAGUUCGGUUUGAAGGUUGACUUCAGCAACAUUGCUCACAUCCACAAGGAGGAACUAUUCGCGAAAGGCGCGGCCGGUCAAGAGACUCGUCUUAAACUCCUUAACGGUUCCAACGUUGUCUUCUUCGGAGCUGGUUAUCGCAGCAAGCGAUUUGUUUAUGAGCGAGCAGCACAGCUCGGGGUUAACGUGACUAUCGUCGAUGAGCCCGAUUCCUGGGUGCAGGAGCUUGUUGCGGAGGGUAUCGUACAGCGAUACAUUCCUCUGGAUAUCAACCAGCAUGACCACGACAAGUUGCAUGCCGAGGCCGUAGAGGCCUUGAGCGACCUAGACCGCAUUGAUGGGAUAUGCACUGUAUGGGAAAUAAGUAUCCUGCCCGUAGCCAGACUUUGUGAAGAAUUCGGCCUCUCGGGCUCCCCAGUGAGGGCGAUUGAGCUGGCACGAGAUAAACAACAGACUCGUGACGCUCUUGAUAAAGCUGGCCUCCCUGGUAUCCGUCACAUGAUGAUCCUCUCUCAGGCCGACCUCGAAAGUGCGGCUGCUUAUGUGGGGUUCCCAGCAGUGCUCAAGCCCGUUUCUGGAUGUGCCUCCUUGGGUGUACAGAAGGUGAACAGCGUGGACGACCUAUUCAGCACAUACCAGUCGAUCCGGAAGGAGUUCAGCGAUUUGGUCUUCAGUAACGGCUCUUUUGUACACAGUACAGUUGACCUUGACCAUACCUUCGAGUUCGGCUCUUUCAUGUUGGAGGAGUAUCUAGAUGGUUCCGAGGUCGAUGUAGACAUGGUCAUGAGUGAUGGAGUUGCUACCUACGUCUGUGUGCAUGACAAUGGCCCUACACUUGAGCCUCAUUUUAACGAAACGUGGGAUUUACUUCCAAGCGCUUUACCAUCCGACCAGGUGGCUGCUCUUGAAGACCUGGCUGUGAGGUCCGUCAUCGCCAUGGGUUUCACAAGUGGAGUGUUCCACGUAGAGGCCAAGUACACCAGCCGUGGUCCUCGACUGAUCGAGGUCAAUGCUAGAAUGGGUGGUGGCACUAUUCAUAUGAUGCACAAGGAAGCUACUGGUGUUGACUUGGUCGACGAACAGCUCUUAUUAGCUGUCGGCAUGCCCAGCUUUCCUCCACAGCUCCCUGUGGAAGAGCGGCGAGUCGUCGCUUGCGCCACCAUCAAUGCGCUGAAGUCGGGCAGCAUUUCCGACCUCAGUUUCGCCCGUAAAUGGGAUUCUAUUGAUGGUGUUGAUGUACGCUGUAACGAUAUACUCAUUUCUGAGGGCAGCAAGAUAACAGGUCCGGAAGAAGGUCUUCCGACGUGGCUUGCGGACCUCGUCUUUUCGGCACCUCUAAGUCGGCAAGAGUUCAUGAGAGAUUUGGUUGUGAAACUCGACCGUGAGGUGGCAGAGGAUUACCUCCACCAUUACGAUCUCUAAUCUGCCUUGCCCAAUUUUUCAUCGCGUUUCUAUUUUUUUCUGCACCGCACAGGACGGCUAGCAACCUGAGUAUGGUUAACGCUAUAUAUCUGUCGGUUGAUCAUUAGUUCAUAUCGCAACUGGAAGAGAUGUCUAUAGCCAGCGCAGAAGCUGGGGUCCCAUCAAUAGCAAUACUUCGA